AUGUGGCAUAACGACGAAAACUCACCAAACUACUCAAAUCUCUACCUCCCGCCGGUAUCUCAACUCCGAAACUACGUGAUGUCUCAGAGUCCCGCCGAUGGAGGAGCCUUCUAUGAAAGACUCCAGGUCCCGCCGAUGAGUACCAAUACUCACCCAAUUCAAUCGAUUGGAGAAAUCUCCACCGGUGAGGAUGAAGACAACGUCUUCCAAUCCAUCUCGGAAGAUUCGGAAGGGAUUCAAGGAAAUCCAGAGUCGUUCAGCAACGUACUCACACACAUGCCAGCACGCUCCGAGAGCCGAUUCUCCCGCCGAUUCAACAACACAGUCGACAGACUCGGAGGCAUGGCAGAGGAACUCAUGGGAUUCCAAAUGGAAAAUCCCGCCGUGGCUCGUCCUCCCGCCGUUGCUCGUUCUCCCGCCGGUCAAGGCACCACUCAAGGUCAAAGCUCCCGCCGCUCCAUCCUCAUCUCGCAACGUCUCUAA